GCGUCAGGCUGCACUGAGACCUCCGGGGCUCCAUCCCCCGCGUCAGGGUCCAGUAAGACCUCCGGGGAUCCAUCCGUCGCGUCAGGGUCCAGUAAGACCUCCGGGGCUCCUUCCCCCGCGUCCCGCGGGCUGCAAGUGUCGGUCAUAUGAGUGCCGCGUCCGGGCCGCCCUUCGCGGUGAUGCAGCGGCCACUCGGGAGCAGCAGCGCCUUCAGCAUCGACUCUCUGAUCGGGGGGCCCCCGCCGCCCGGCCCGGGACACCUGCUCUACAGCGGCUACCCCAUGUUCAUGCCCUACCGCUCCCUGAUGCUGCAGCCGCCGCCGGCCCUCCCCGCCGGACACCCGCACGCGCAGGGCUUCUGCUCGGGCCUGGCGCUCACCUCCACGCUGAUGGCCUCGCUCCCGGGGGGCUUCUCGCCGGGGGGGCAGCAACAGCAGCAGCAGCAGCAGCAGCAGCAGCAGCAGGAGGACGCGGGCCGGAAGCACGCGGAGAUGAGUGCGCUGGCGGGAAAGGAGCGCGGGAACUCUGCCACAGCGCGGGGUCACGUGACUGGCGGCCAGCAGGACGAGGAGGAGUGCGCGCGCAGGGACGACAUCUUCUCCAUGGACAGCGACGCGGACUACAGCUCGGACGACAACGCGGCCCAGCGGGAGGACGCGGACGGCGGCGGCGGCACGGCGACGCUCGACGACGCGCUUCACGGUCACGGUCACGGCCACGGCUCGGGCGGCGCGGCGUCCGGCUGCCCCGCCGCGGGCGCCGGCAAGAACCGGCGGCGGCGCACCGCCUUCACCAGCGAGCAGCUGCUGGAGCUGGAGAAGGAAUUCCACUGCAAGAAGUACCUGUCACUCACCGAGCGCUCGCACAUCGCGCAUGCGCUCAAGCUCAGCGAGGUGCAGGUCAAGAUCUGGUUCCAGAACCGGCGCGCCAAGUGGAAACGGGUCAAAGCCGGCAACGUCAACAACAAGUCCGGGGAACCGUCGCGGAACCCCAAGAUCGUGGUCCCCAUCCCGGUGCACGUCAGCCGCUUCGCCAUCAGGAGCCAACACCAGCAGCUGGAGCAGAGCCGACCUUAGGCGCAGAGCCCACCUUUGGCGCAGAGCCCACCUUUGGCGCAGAGCCGACUUUAGGCGCAGAGCCGACUUUAGGCGCAGAGCCGACUUUAAGCGCAGAGCCCACCUUAGGCGCAGAGCCCACCUUAGGCGCAGAGCCCACCUUUGGCGCA